UAAUAAAAAGAAAUAGAAGUUAGGUGCUGGUCCGUACAAUCCAUGGCGUCGCUGUUUCUCCGCCUCACACUCUUCCAUAGUUUCCAUUCAGGUGUUUGAUUAAAUGCCUGAAUAGAAUUCAUUACAAACCAAGGCACCCCUUUUCCACAUUUUCCUUCUUACCGAUUUUCAGUUCUUGAUUUGUAAGAACUGUUGAGAUAUGGAGUGUCACGUAGUAAGCAUCGCGUUGCAACCAUGUUUAUCCAGGAUCAAUUUGAAGCAAAUUGAUAAGAUUCAUGCUGGUAUGUGUGGAUUGUACGAGAAAAGACCGAACAAUCUGAGUCGGGUUUCGAUUGUUAAAAUCCCCGUUCGGUUUGAACGCCGGAGAAUAUUCCGUUCACAGGUGAGUUUGGGGGAAUUUUCGACAUUAAAUUCGACUGAUUUCUCCGAGGAGGCCGUUGGAAGACCGCUGAGUAGUGAAGAGUUGAAAGCGUUACUUGCCGAUUCCGAAAGAUCAAAGCUUAUCAAGAAACUAAGCGAAGCGAAUCAACAAAAUCGGUUUCUCAAGCGCGAGUUAUUGGUAAAGGAAGACGCACUAGUUAAUUUCAAGAGCGAACUUGCCAUGAUAGAACUCGAGAUCCAGGCCCUGGUUGGUUUGGCGGGAGAAAUUGCUAACUUCACUAUUCCGGAUGGUUCUCGAAAGAUUAACGGAAAAUAUAUUCAGUCUCACCUCCUUUCAAGACUAGAAGCUGUCCAUGAAAAGCUCGAGAAACAGAUUGAAGAUGUGGAUGGUGCACAAUCACAAGAAGUUCCUUUGUUUUGGCACGGUGUAGCAGAGAGUGUGCAAGUAAUGGGCUCGUUCGACGGGUGGAGUGAAGGAGAACACCUGUCACCCGAGUAUACUGGUUCAUACACAACAUUCUCUACUACAUUGAUACUUAGACGUGGAAGGUACGAAAUAAAGUUUUUAGUGGACGGAGAAUGGAAACUAUCGCCUGAAUAUCCGACAGUUGGUGAGGGUUUGAUGCUGAACAAUUUACUCGUAGUGGAAUAAGCUCCCGUUUUUGCUGGUUCGCUUCGCUCUUAACUAUCUUCUCGGUCUUAGAUUUUUUUGCAAAUAAUAGUUAUAUGAAUAAUUCUCUAUGUUACCCUGUUUUCUUUCUCCAAUAAAGUGGAAAAAAGUAGGAUAAUUGAUACUGCAUAUAUAACAUACAUGACUGAAAUUGCCACACAUGUUAAAAAGUUUUGAGUUUGGCUUCUGAA